ACUAUGAUUACCAGAAGUUCUAUUACUUAUGUGUUUUUAAUUUUAACAAUAUUUUGGCGCAAUUAUAUUAAUGCGGAUUAUAUAGAAGCGGGAAUAAUAAAUGGCAGUCCGGUAUCAAUAACGGAUGUGCCAUUCAUGGCAUUAUAUAGACCUAAAGGUAAAGGAGUAUCGCCUUAUCACUGUGGAGCUGUCAUAAUACAUGAAAAGUUUCUUAUAUCUGCAGCGCAUUGUUAUAUAAAAUUAAUCCCAGAAUACCGAGUAACCGUCGGCACUGAUCACGCUUUAGAAGGUGGAGUAGACUAUGACAUAGAAGAAACUAUUAUACAUCCAAAAUACAACCAAAAUAAUAAUGAUUGUGAUGUAUUAGUCAUCAAAAUAAAAGAUAAAUUAACGUUUAAUGAUCGAGUACAGAAAAUAGAAAUGGCUUCACAUGAUUUGGAAAUAGACGAUGGAGUGAUGUUGGAUACGAUGGGCUUUGGUUUGACAAAUUCGUCGGAAGAAAAUUCAUUUUCCAAUGAACUUUUACGUGUUUCAAUACCUUAUGUUAACCAAAAUGAUUGUAAGAAAAUCUUUUCGAAACUAACGUCAAGGAUGAUAUGCGCAGGAGGAACUGACAAAGAUAGCUGCAUGGGUGACAGUGGUGGACCACUCACAUAUCAGAAUCUAGUUGUCGGACUUGUAUCGUAUGGACGGACGACUUGCGGUCAAGUCGGAAUACCAGCUGUUUAUACAAAGUUAUCAGCCGUGCGAGAUUUUAUAGACAAAAUUAUAACAACAUAAAUUAUUUUGAAAAGGUUAAAU